GAACCCAUUCGAAGCGGCAUUUAGUUGUCGAAUCGCGUGCAGAGUAGCGGUUGAUUUAUCGUGUACCCACACCCACGGCCUGCAAUUUUAACCGAUCAAAGCGAAAUGUCUGCCCUGCGCUUGGCCGUCCUUGUGGCAGCCUGCCUGUCCCUUGCCUCAGCCGGGACACGGCAACUUAAGCUGGACGUUCAGCCGCCAGCCACCUUGGCCACGGAGCUCGCUGAUUACCGGCUGUCGGAGCACAUUACUCCUGUCAGCUACAACAUCACUCUGCGACCCUAUCUACUGGUAAACGAUACCAAGCGAUUCACAUUUGAUGGCGAGGUUUGGAUUGAGGUCAUACCAAAGCAGGCCACGACUGAAGUGCAUCUCCACUCGAAAAAUCUCACCUACUCGGUCUCCCAGUACUGGGCAAAGCCGGCGGCAGGUGUUGCGAAUCCCACGCCCUCCAACUUCCAGGCUCUCAAUGUAACCAAUUCGGAUACUGAUAUCGUCGUGCUGACAACGGCCGCUAACCUUACGGCAAAUCAGUCCUACAUCCUUCACUUUGUCUACACGGGUCUAAUGCAGGAUGAUAUGCAUGGUUUCUAUCGCAGCUCAUAUGUGGACGAUAACAACGAGACCAAAUGGCUGGGCUCCACUCAGUUCCAGACGAAUCACGCCCGCCGCGCCUUCCCCAGCUUCGACGAGCCCCAGUUCAAGGCCACCUUCAAUGUCACACUGAAGCGCCACUACACGUUCAACACUGUCAGUAACACCCGACUGCUGGGAUCCUACCCGAGCACAGAGAGUGGCUACUAUGAGGAUGUGUACAACACGACGCCAAAGAUGUCUACCUAUAUUCUGGCCUUUAUCAUUUCCGAGUUCACAGCCCGCAAGGACGAACAGUUCGGUGUGCUGGCCCGCCCCGAAUACUAUUCCCAGACCCAGUACAUCUACAAUGUGGGUCGCAAGAUCCUCGAAGAGAUUGGCAAAUACGUGGACCUGGACUACUACACCCUGGGCAACGACAAGAUGGAUAUGGCUGCCAUUCCCGAUUUUUCAGCGGGAGCCAUGGAGAACUGGGGUCUGCUCACCUACAGGGAGCGCAGUCUCCUGGUGGAUGAGUCGGCCACCACUUUGGCCUCUCGCCAGUCCAUUGCCGCUGUGGUCGCCCACGAGCAGGCGCACAUGUGGUUCGGAGAUUUGGUCACCUGCCAGUGGUGGAGCUACACCUGGUUGAACGAGGGUUUCGCCAGAUACUUCCAGUACUUUGGCACCGCCUUCGUGGAAGAUGAGUGGGAGCUGGAGAAGCAGUUCGUGGUUGACCAGAUCCAGUCGGUGAUGUCCAUGGACUCGACCAAUGCCACCAACCCAUUGAGCGAUGAAAAUACCUACACCCCGUCCGAUCUCAGCCGCAUGUUCAACAGCAUCUCCUACAACAAGGGAGCCACUUUCAUUCGCAUGAUCGAGCACCUCAUGGGACCUGAAGAUUUCCGAAAGUCGCUUCAGGAGUACCUAAAGCAAUACUCAUACCAAUCCGCAUUGCCAGAGUAUUUGCUGAAGUCCUGGCAGCAGAACUGGAACGAGAGCAGACAUAAGGCCAGUUCGGAGGAAAUCUUCAAUAGCUUCACUACCCAGGUGGGCUACCCCCUGGUCACCGCCAAUAUGGCCGCCGAUGGCUUGAAUGUGUCCUUUAGCCAGAAGCGGUUCCUGCUGAAGGCGAACGACGGUGCCAAUGCCAGCAUCGAGUACACCAUCCCAAUCACCUACUCGAACAACCUCAAUAACAACUUUGUCAACACCACGCCCAAGUUUAUCCUCAAUCCCAGCACAACGAUGACGGUCCUUUUCAACAAUUCCCUCACCUGGAUUAUUGCCAAUGUCCAGCAGACGGGCUACUACCGCGUCAACUACACGGAGGCCAACUGGCGCGCCAUUAGGACUGCUCUGUUUGCGACUAAUUGGACUGGCAUUCACGAGAUCAACCGCGCCCAAGUGGUCGAUGAUCUCUUCAACUUGGCCCGGGCCAGCUACCUUCACUACGGCCUGGCCCUGGAGGUGCUGGAAUACCUGGAAACGGAGGUCAACUAUAUUCCCUGGACGUCGGCCUUCAACGGUUUCAACUAUCUCGCUAUUCGCCUGGGCAACGACACGGCGAGCUUUGGUGGCUACAUUCAGGACCUGACCAGCAAGGCCUACCAGAAGCUCGGCUUCAACGAGACCUCUACCGACAGUGCGCUGGACAUUUACCUACGCACUAAGGUCCUGUCCUGGGCCUGCCGUUACGGCAGCGCCGACUGCAUCCGUCAAGCUAAGAGUUACUUCAAUUCCCUGACCACCGUGCCCAAGAAUAUUCGCGCCACCGUCUACUGUGUGGGUCUGCGCGAAGGUGGAUCUGCGGAGUUCGAGGCCCUGUACCAGAAGUUCAAGACAGAGACGGUUGCAACCGAGGAGACUCUGCUGCAGAAUUCUUUCGGCUGCGUCAAGGGCGAUGCACUGAUCACACGCGUCUUCAACCUGGUACUUUCAGACGAGAUUCGUCUACAGGACAAGUCCUCUGUUCUGGCCACGCUCUACACGGAGAACAACGAGAACGUCAGCCCAGUCUUUGCUCUGGUCGCAAAGGAGUAUGAGGCUCUGGCCACAGCAAUGGGUGGAUACUCGGCAGUGGCCACGGUCAUCUCAAACAUUGCUACCCGCUUCACCGAGCAGAAGCAGUACGAAGAUCUGCAGACCUUCAACAAGGACCACAGCUCCAAGUUCGGCAGCUCUGCGGCUACUCUGGCUGCAGCUGAGGUGACAGUCCGGGAGAACCUGGAGUGGUCCGAGGAUAAGCUGCACAUCUUCCGCUCCUAUCUGGCUGUGCGAGGCGGUAGCGCCAUGGCCAGCGCCUUCAGCGCUUUCACCAUCCUCAUGGUGGCCCUGGCCACACUGUUGCGUCAGUAAGCACAUGGCUAGACUUUAAUGUCAUCCACUUUAAUAUCAACCCAUAAAAGUAUUUGUACACUUAGCACAACCACCAAUAAAAAACACAAUUUUCAGAUAAGA